GCACCCAAACUGCCGCGAGAGGUGGCCCUCAAAGCGCAUUGGCUGAGCGUCGAUGGCGUUCAGCCGUCAAUACCCGAUAAUCCGGCGCCUCUUUCGCGAGACCAGCAAAAGGAGGAGUGCGUCGACCCGAAGGUGGCCCUCAAGAAGGCGUCGCAACUGAAGCCCAAUCAACACCAGAAGAAUCAGAUGGAAAUGGUUAGAGCGAAACCGUUGGCCACUCACGAGCUCUCCGUUGAACAACAGCUGUACUACAAAGAGAUGACCGAAGCGUGUGUGGGCUCUGAUGAGGGCCGACGGGCGGAAGCGCUCCAGUCGUUGACACACGACCCGGGAUUGCAUGCGAUGUUACCGCGAGUUUGCACUUUCAUCAGCGAAGGCGUCAAAGUGAAUGUCGUUCAAAACAAUUUAGCACUUCUUACAUGUUUGAUGCGAAUGGUUAGAGCGCUUCUCGACAAUCAUAACCUCUACCUCGAGAAGUACUUACACCAACUCAUACCCGCUGUCCUCACGUGCGUUGUGUCCAAACAACUGUGCGGUCGACCCGAUGUCGACAAUCAUUGGGCGCUCCGAGACUUUGCGGCCCGCGUUUUGGCCCAAAUUUGCUACAACUUGAACACAACCACUAAUUGUGUUCAGACGAGAGUCACUCGACUGUUGAGCCAACGCCUGGAUAGGGAUAGCCUACCGCUGAGCUCGUGUUACGGCGUUGUGUCCGCUCUCUGCGAGUUAAGCCCUGAAGUUCAGCGAACUUUUCUCUUCAAACGAUUCAAAUUAAUCGGUGAAAGAAUUCGCGUGUAUUUCGAGACACCAAACGUGUCCACAGAUAAGACACUCCUCACCGCCGCAGACAAGUCGGCCGCCGAUCGCAUCAAACAGUUAUUGCUUAACAAACUUCCGCAUUUUCUUAGCACAUCUCGACCCAUACCUGACGUUCUGGAAAAGUACAAAACAGAAUUCGGAUAUUUAGGUCCCGCUCUUCAUUCGGAUAUGGCACAACAGACGAAACACAAGAAGACAUCACUCGUGACCACAGAUGACGGCAAUGAAGACAACAGACAACAGAUCGGUUUCGAUGCGAAUGUGUGUCCAAACAGUUCCAGAGGACAGUCUUCGAGAGUGUUGUGA